AUGUCGACUCCUGCAGUUGCGCCUCAGCCACCCGCCGCAGGCCCAUCAGAUGCCUCAAGAGGAGCACGAGGGCGGCGGAAUCCACGACAUCGAAAACCAAACGCGAAUACCACUGCACAGCCGGAGCAGCAAGAGCCAGCGCAAGCACAACAACCAUCACAAAGAGGCGGCGGACGGAGUGGCAGAGGACGAGGCCGGGGAGGCCAAACAGAUAGUGCAAGACCCUCACAAUCAAAUGCUGCCGCCCUCGACUUUGAGCCCUCGUCUGUACAAGAAGCAGCGCAUAGAGGUGGAAGAGGUGGACGGGGCGGACGUGGAGGUGGGCGGGGUGGCAGAGGGAGAGGUGGCGCAGAGCAUGCCCCACAGCGUAUGGCUGCUGGUGGCCGUCAAUUCGGUGGGCAAUUGACUGUAGAAGAUGAUGCAGCUUCCGCCAUUUCAGAGGCCCCAGGAGGAUUACAAGCAGAUGCGCCUACCUUCCAGCCCGGCCAACCCAUUGCCCCUCGCAAAUCACGACCACCGCGUCAGAAGCAGCCGCAAGCCCCCAAAUCGACCGCACCCGAUAUCGCCACCAGAACACACGAGGAUAUCGAUAAUGGGCACUAUGAAUGCGCAAUCUGCACUGAAGACAGGAUUAAGCAAGAGGCCAAGUGCAAUGCUUCGCGUAACGGGGACGGCAAUCUAAAGAAGGUACUCAAGUGCGACGAAGAGUGCGCGCGAUUAGAGCGUAACCGCGUUCUGGCUCUCGCACUCAACGUCGACCCGGAGCAUCAAAGCGAUCACAUCCCAUAUUCAGACGCUACAUUGAACAUGUACCAGCAGAACGCCACUUGGGCAGUUACUCAGGAGAAGCAACUUAGACUGUUCGCUGCCGACCCAGAUCAGAAGCGUUUUCGCUUCAAACCAAUGCCCCGUAAUCAACGCAAAUUCAUUCACCACCUUGCUGAAGACUUUGGCAUGGACUCAGAGAGCAUGGAUCCAGAGCCACAUAGACAUGUGGCGAUCUUCAAGACCCCGAAGUUCGUCAUGGCGCCAAUGCGAACGCUUGCAGAUUGCGCUAGAACUCGUCAAAUUCAACAACGUCUUGCUCCUGCGCCUGCACCAGCAGUGACUUCAGCUGCUCCCUUGCGUCCCAAGCCCAGCAACACCAACGGCGAUCCCUACAACGCAUUCAUUAUCUUGAACCCUCGCUUCGCACUUACUAUCGAAGAGCUCAACCCCAUCAUCAGGAGCGUACUUGCAACGACAUCCUUCCGAUGCGAACUGGAGGUUACCUUUUUGCCCAGCGAAGCAGUAGCAUUGAAACCACCUCUAGCAGCUCGUCUCAGCAUUCCAGAACAUGACAUGCAGAAAAUGCUCGAAUCGAUCCAAACACCAUUGACUCAAGCUGUCAUAACGCAAAAUAUUGGAAAGAACGUCCAGCUCGCACGACUCGAUUCAUCGCUCAAUAUCCUCCGCAAAGAGUCUGAUGUUGGUCCUGGCUCCGGCUGGAGUCAAGUCGCUGCCUCAAAGGGUGUUCCGUUUCGCCAGAUUCAAAAGACCGCGUCUUUUGGCAAUAAGGGUGGCUUUGCGGUUCUUAGCUUAAGCAGCAAGAAGAAGAAACAGAAAGAGGCGCCUGUAGAGAUUGCAGAGAACUGGGAGGAAGCCGAAGAGGAAGAGGAGCAGAAGGAGAAGGUUAGUGGCGCUAACAGUGCUGCCAUAAGCGAGGAUGAAGGUGCAUCAAAGGAUGUGCCUGAAGCUUCGAGUGGUACGCCUGCUAGCGAUGAGAGUAAUGCUGCGCCGACAGACGACACUGUACUCUCCACUAAGCCACUGCUUGGACGUUGGUCGGAUUUGGAUGAUGAGCUAGAUUAG